CAACACCUUAUGGGAAAAUAGUGUGAAUGAGAAGAUUUGGAGUCUUUUGCUGCUGUCAUUUUGAAAUUCUUGUCAGUCAGGUUUCAGGACUGAACAACAAUAAAGUCACACUUGGUUACAGUUUCUGACAGUGAAUUUUAUACAGUGUAUUCAUCUGUUUAGGAGUAGUGCUUUCAUACUUACUACUGACAAGGAAUAGAAAAAUAAAUACGAAUAAAUUUUGCUUAUAAUAUGAACAGAUUGGGUUUUUUUUCUUAGAAAUACACGCUAACUUCCUGACAUGCCAGUUCCCUUACUUUCAAUUAUAAUGCUAUAUUAGUAUUGAAUUUUAUAUUAAAUUUUCUGUUUAUUAGGAAAUGUCAGAAAUGUGUAUCAGUGCCAGUGGGCUACUGAGAAGAUGUGAUUCAGCUACUGAAUUUCCUCAGUAGCAGAUGAAGAUGUCAAACCAUUUACUCCUGAGAAAACCAAGGAAAUUGUGAUGUCGCUACAGCAACCUGCAGUCUUCUGUAACAUGGUUGGCAACUGGCCAGCCCUGCACUGGAAUGUGAAAUACCUUUCUGCUGUGCUGGAGGGAAAGGCAAUCCAGUUUAGGCUGGGCCUGAAGACAGUGGAUUUAGUUCCCCAGUUUGAAACCAGUUGUAGCUACGUGGAAGCUACACUUGAGGAGUUUUUGGCUUGGAGUUCUGGGCAGCCUUCUUGUCUCUCUGGACCAUUCAGUUGUUAUGAUUACUCCAAAUACUGGGCUUAUGCUGACUACAAGUACAUUGCCAGGAUAUUUGAAGACAAGCCAGAAAUAUUCCAGGAUGUAAGGUGGUCUGACUUUGGUUUUCCUGGAAGAAGUGGAAAAGAGAGCACACUGUGGAUUGGUUCUGAAGGAGCAAACACCCCCUGCCAUUUGGACUCCUACGGCUGCAACUUAGUGCUGCAAGUACAAGGAAGGAAGAGAUGGCACCUCUUCCCACCUGGUGACACCAGUUUCCUUUAUCCUACCAGGAUCCCUUAUGAGGAAUCCAGCAUAUUCAGCAAAGUCAACAUUGCCAACCCUGAUCUGAAACGCUUUCCCGAGUUUAGGAACUCAACAGCACAUGUUGUUACACUCAGUCCAGGACAGGUCCUGCUCGUUCCAAGGCACUGGUGGCACUAUGUGGAAUCCAUUGAUCCUGUCACUGUCAGCAUUAACUCUUGGAUUGAACUGGAUGCAGAUCAUGAAGCCCGAGUAGAAGAGGCAAUAACUCGAAUGCUGGUAUGCGCCAUAAAAUCAGCAGAAAAUCCCAGUGAUGGAGAUCUCUGGCUAAAUCCCACGGAGGUUGAGGCAACAUCCCAUGAAAUCAAUCUUCAGUACCUGAAUAAAGCAGUGUCUGCAUACCUCAAGUGUCAGGAGACAAGUGUGUCAGGACAGGCACGCUCCAGCAGCACCGGUGCAAAGCAGAGGACAAAUACCUCAUGCAAGAGGAAGAGAAGGGAAUUUGGCUGUGAACCAGGGAGCUGCACAUUACUAACCCAGGAAUGUGAUGUUCCAACACCCACAGCAGAAGAGCUGCAGAAAAUACCUUUUGGGCCUCAUCUUAUUCAGGUUUUACCACAGUCUCACAAAACCAGUGUGAUGGGUGCAGUUGCAGUUGAAAGUGACAGUGGAGAUCUCCAUGAAAAUGAAGGAGAACAUUUUGGAAAAUUACAGUGCAAGAGGAAGAGAUUGUUAAUGAGUAAUGACUGUGAGACAGCUGCACAUCAAAUGGAUUCAGACUGCAGUCCGUGCACUUCACAAACAGCCCUUUCUACCAAUGACUUGUUAGACUGUCUGGUUAAUCCUCGUGUCAUCAGUUUGGUGGCUCAGCUGCUGUUGGAGAGAAUGAGAGUGUGAUGCUGGAGUGCUUUAUCAUUGCUGAAACAGAAAUCAAACAGCAGCCUUGUUCUGCAUGUUUAAGAUCUGUAAUAAUUGAAUGUUCCAUUUCAAGUAAUUUUUAGGUACAGAUAGACACAGUUAAUGGUUAAGUGCAGGUUGAAGUUGAGCUGAAAGAAGAAUAGCUGGUUAGUGAUGGCUGGGAAGAGAAAAGUGUGUUUAGUCAGGGAGCUGCUCAAUGUUAUGAGAGCACACACAGUCACACUCCCACUGUGCUGUGCAAGUGGGAUCUUCACAGUGUUCUACAGCUCUGAGCUGGAAAACAAUAUGGCUUGAUGAUGGAUAGCAGAGGGAGUGCUGGGACAUGGUCACAGCAAAGGGGGACCGGGGGGGAGCAGAUAGAUUGACGGACUGUCGACUGCAGUCCUUGACCACAUUUGAAGUGAAAUAGUCAGUAAGCAAUCAGUUGAUUACAUUAGAAAUAAUAAAUUCAGGUAAACCUAAACCUCAGCCAAGAGACAAUGCACUCACUAAUGCAUCUACUUCCUCCCUUCCACUAAAUAACUUCAGUUGUGUCACAAAGCUCUAGGCUGGAGUGAGACAAAAGCCCUUAGCAAGAAAGUAGCCUUUAGCUAGUUCAGAAACUCUUGAAGGUGGGAGAGUAAGGGCAUUGGGAAGUUGCUGCUAUUAUUUAUUUAAAGCCAGAUAUGCACAGUCCCCUAUCUCUAAGAAACAGCAAAACAGCUAUGACUUUUUACCCUCUGUCCUUCUCUUUACCAUAACAAUCAAAAUGUAUUAAUGUUAUUUUUUUGGUUGUAAAUGGUUGCUGUACAAGAUCAUCCUUUCUUCAAAGGAUAGUGAUCCUUGGAUUUGUUUUUGAAGGCUAGGUUGUUCUUUGAUUGAAAAGUUAGGGAACGUGAAAUAUAGGCAAGAAGGUUUGUUAACUCUGUAGUUAUGCACGGAGACUUGAACAAAACCUGGGAAGAAAGCUGCUGGCACCUUCCAGGAUGCUCUCAACUCCUCUGAUUUCUGUUUGUGGUGGCAACAGAGGCAUUUUCCCUAACUGCAGUUUCAAGAAACAGCUUCAGCUCCUGUGAAACCUCUGCUUUUACAAUGUCUCUUUGCUUAUGUCUGCUAGAGACCAAGAAACCAGUUUCUAUCAUCAGCCUGUUCCCAUAGCCCUAACCAUGCACCACCAGCCCUCCAGCUGGUAUUUCCUUUGCUUGGUGUGUGUUCCCUGCUAAAUACAUGAAGCUAGUGCUGUUUCCACAGUGAUCACCUUCCACUAAUUUAUAGUUGAAAAUCCUGAUUGCAAAGGUGCUUUCUGUCUGCUUUUAUUCAGAUUGCAUGUUGGCAGGGCCCUGAUGAAUUAUGGUAAGGGCUUUAGAUAUGCACCAGGAGAUCAGAAAUUCAGGAAACCUUGCCAUUUCAAAAAUCUCCCCAAAAACCUAACACACUUGGAAGAGGAGUUGAAAAGGCUCAAAGGUUCACGUUUAACAAGCACAGAAACCUUACCCUGAUGGAAACAACUGUGUAUGUAGUUUGCUGGAGACCCUGGCUUUGAAGAGUGGCUGUGAGUUAGCAGCAGAGGCCACACGAGCUCCAUCUCUGACCCACAAAUGGGCAGUUCCCAGUGUCCUGCUCUGCCCUGGUAAUUGGGCUCAGACCCUGAUAACACCUCAGCAAUGUGAGAAAAUCCACUGUCCUUGUUUCAUGUUUCUACACCAAAGAGUCUCAGUGGGGUUGCACCCUUGCAACCAGAGCAGAAUUUAAUAAACAAUCCUGUUGAUAGAGUUCCUGUUUGUGUGAUGGCACUGCUGUGACAAAGGAAUUCGGUCAGGAAUCUCUUAGGAAACAUCGUGGUCACCUCUGCUGCCUUUACCGAUUGACCAGGCUCAUAGGGAGCUGUCUGUGGAACAGGGCAGACCCAUUUUGAGGCACAGGCACAUCUCAGCAGAGCUGGGUUUAGCAAGACCCUGCUCAUGUCCUGCUGCUGGACUGGCCUUUCCGACGUUGACCAGAGGGGCUGGGACCAGCUAGAGAGCAUUGCUGCUGGGAGCAGUUGCACUGGGAAGGAAGGGUUACAAAUGACUCAUUUUAAUUCACUGAGCAAAAAUAGUCUUGCAAUAAAAAAACUUUUAUGUCUAGAACAGAUAGAGAUGGGGGAGGAGAAGCACAGGCAGUAAAGUGGAGGAGGAUGGCAGCAUCAUCUUCCACUCCCCACAGUGUGAACUUGCUUCGCUUAAGCUUUCCUCCCAACACACAGAUCAUCUUAAUGUACCCCAUGAAAUCCACACUGAACAGUCUGUCCUUGGAAAGGCUCACUGAACAUGUCAGGGGUCUCUGUAGGACUUGCCCUGAUCGCCUUUGGUGCCUGUGCCAGAGCACCCAUCUCGGGCUCAGUGUAGGAGCAGCAUUCUCCCAAGCUGAGCUGUGUUCAGUCACAUCCCUCACCACUCCAAUCACACCCUCUCUGUCUGGGGACAGUCACAGUUUAUGCCUGUCCAGGUGCAGCCCAUGAUUUAAGGGCCAGGCUGUGGCCAGAAGCCAUUAAGCCAAGGGGACAGGGAGAAGAGCGAGUGAGGCUGUUUAGGAUGCAAGGCAAAAGCACCAGAAGGACUUUGUGUCUCAGAGGUGCAAUAUAAAAUCUCAGCCAUACACUCUGCACACAGGGGCAGAGAGAGAAAUGACCACAAAUUCAGCAAGUCACGUAUGGCAAAUGGCUUGUGCACCAGUAAGAGAAAUUUAUGGCUCUGACCCGAUGCGCAGCGUGCCGAGUGCCACGAUUCCUGACGCCGUUUCUAAAUUCAUGGCCACUGCGUGCAGAAGCUCAGACGAGUUUCUACAUAUUCAUAGCGUUAAAAAUAAAUGAUUCCUGAUCUCUCUGGUGACAGCCUGUCUCCAAGAAGAGCAGGAACCCAGUGCUAACCCUCUGCAACUGCUGAUAAAAACUUUCUCCCCCAAGGAGGAGUAUUUCCCACACACUGUCAGCAGUGGGCACGGCAGCAGUUGAGAUCAUAACCCGGAGCCAUCACUGGGGUGGUCACAGUGGUGACAUGCUUGUCAUCUCUGCUUUAGCUGAAUGACAGUAAGAGGUGGACCUGCAGGGCCUGGUGUUGAAGGCUUUAUAGCCUUGCUCCAGCCCAGGGCCAGUCCAAGCAGUGGGAUGGACCAGCACAUUCACCUCCCACACACAUCCAGGCUGUUGUGCUUGGCCGGUGGGGACCCUGUGUGCUCCCUGCCCCAGCACCAGGUUUGCAGAGUGGCUCAUGGGCCAGCCUGGAUUAUCCCUCCUGGACUGACUGGCACGGCUACUCACUGGCCCUGAGCACCACUCUCACUAAAAGGAAUCUGAAAAAACCACACCCAGGUCUGACAGUCUCAGCUCUCAAGUGAGCAGGAAGGGAAAAUCCCAAAUAGCAACAUCUUCCAGAGUUUCAGUCUUCUCUGAAAACCUCCCCACUAAAUUUCUGUGGGUACCACUGGGUCUCACAGUGCCACUGCCCCCAUUUGCCUCUCCCAGAACUCCUGCUGUGGCUCAGUUUUCUUGAUGCCACAGAGCAGCUCAACUGCAGAGCUGUGACAUAUGUUAUCAUGUAAAAUUAACCAUAAAUUGAGCUUUUAACUAACAAACAUGGCAUAUCAAAGAGGUAGAGAGAAUCCUUCCACAGUGCUAACUGCCCUUUAAAAUAAAAGUAGUGCUACAAUU